AUGCGUUUCUUCAAGUACCUUGUUUUCGCGGCCCCCCUCGCCCUGGCUACUCCCAGGCCAAACCCGGUAGCAGCCCCUAUGCCAGAUGGUGGUCUGCUCUCGGAGCUGCCUGCGAUCCUCGACGGGGUCAAAGAACUCUUGAGCACAGAGACGAUCAAUGACCUUCAAACUAUCGUCAAGGGCGGCGCAGUCCUUCUGGGCGGAGACACUCCCAAGAACCUGCAGAAACUUCUGUCCAGCGGCAACAUCGAUAAACUACAGGGUAUCGUUGACAAUGCCGAUAAUCUUUUGACUCCUAAGUUCGUCAACGAGACUACAGUUCUGAUUGACGCUGCGUCACCGCUCGUGGAUAAUAUCUCGAAGCUCUUGGCUGGACUCCUUGGAUCCUUGAUUUAA